AUGAAGCUCAACGCAGCCACCGCAGCUACGAUGGCGCUAGGCGCCUCAGCGGCCGGCACCUUGAACUAUACAGACAGUUCCACAGGCAUAUCUUUCUCGGGUUACAGUGAUGGGAAGGGUUACUUGUUUGGCAUGGCCCUGCCCGAGACCAUCGGCACCGAUGUGAUCAUUCAACUCGUCGCCCCUGCAACCGACGGAGCGGGCUGGGCAGGGUUCGACUUUGGCAUGGAGAUGGCAAACAAGCUCCUGUUGGUUGCGUGGCCCAAUGGUGAAGCCGUGAUGACCUCUGCUCGAAUGGCAACUAGCUAUGCGACACCCGCGGUCUAUUCUGGUGAUGUUGAUCUAUAUCCUAUCGCCGCCGGAACCUAUGUGAACAGCACACACUACGCAGCUACAUUCCUAUGUGCUGGCUGUAUCACAAACGACGACGACACAUUCCUGACAACCGAAGCCAGACCGAUCCUCGGCUGGGCGUACUCGAGCACGGCGGUCACAGAUAGUGCUGACGCGUCUACCGCCCUGAACUACCACUCUGCUGGGUUUGGAGGCUUCGGUUUGACGCUGUCUGAUGCGAUGUCAGCGCAAUAUGACACCUGGGCUGCCAUGGCAGAUACCACAAGCUCAACGCCGCCCGUAACUGGUGGCAACUCUACAGUGCCUGGCAACAGCACUACUCCGAUCACUCAUUCCAAUACUACUUACGACUACAUCAUAGCUGGUGCUGGCCCGGCUGGGCUGGUUGUUGCCGGCAGGCUCGCCGAAACUGGUGCAUCCGUUCUCCUGCUUGAACGUGGUGGUGCCUCUACAUAUUCGACUGGUGGCAAGGCAACCCUUUCCUGGAACUCCUCCGUCACCCAGUACGAUGUGCCGUCCAUGGCUUACUAUUUGUCAUCCGCUGCUGAAACCACCGAGUAUUGUACGGACACUGCAUCUCAGGCGGGAUGCAUUCUCGGCGGCGGUGGUAUGGUCAAUGCAUUGAUGUUUGUCGCACCCCAAGACAAGGACUUUGACGAUAAGUGGCCUGCAGGCUGGAAGUCGGCAGAUGUUGCUGCAGCUUCGCAGCGCUUCUUUGCUCGUAACCCUGCCACCGACUUGCCAUCUGCCGACGGACAGAGGUAUGAUCAGGAUGCCUACGACGUGUUGUCUUCGUUCUUGUCGGCCAAUGGCUUCAGUUCCGUCGACGCUAUCAAUGAGCCUAAUGAGAAGAUCGACGUCUUCUCCCACCCUCCAUGGAACAUCCAGAAUGGAAUGCGCGGUGGCCCCGUCAAGACGUAUCUGCCCCUGGUUGAGAACAUGUCGAAUUUCAAGCUGAGCCUGAAUACCAAGAUGAUCCGCGCGGUGCGUAAUGGUACUUGGGUUUCUGGCGUUGAAGUGGAGCUUGCAGAUGGAACUCACCAGAUUAUCAGCGUCACGCAGACGACUGGAAAGGUUAUUCUCGCAGCUGGAGCGCUGUCUACCCCUAGAAUCCUUUUCUACAGCGGCAUUGGCCCAACCGAGCAGAUCAAGACAGUUCCGUCUGGCGUUACUCUCCCUGACUCAUCGGAAUGGAUUAACCUGCCCGUCGGCAAAGGGGUGAAGGACCACACAAUCAUCACCGCCACUCUCGGAACCAAGAGCUCUCUCACGUCUCUCGCGUCGACCAACUUCACAACCCCAAGUGAGGAGUCCGUCUCUCUUUGGUCUGAGGGCUCUGGACUCCUCACGCAGUCUGGUCAGCGUCUCAACUUCUGGACCGCGGUCACCUCGCCCAGCGAUGGGCAGACCCGUUACAUUCAAGGAACCUGCAACAGCCCGAAGGAUAACACCAUCAGAAUCAAACUCUACGUUACCCACGGCGUUACUUCCUCGGCCGACGUGGUGCUUGACACUACUGGAAAGCUCACCCAAUUUUCUGGCUCCCCUUGGCUCCAGACCCAGGGUGAUGUUGAAGCUUACGAAGUAUUCUUGGACCGCCUUGUCCAGAUGACCAGCAAAGCCAACUCAACGCUCACUCUCCAACUGUCGGACGGCUCAGCAGCCCCUUCGAACAUCACUGGCGCUGCACUCUUUGCUAACCUCAAAUCCACCUCCACCACCGGUGCUCACUUUGUCGGCACCACCAAGAUGGGCGUUGACGACGGUCGCACUGGAAAUGGCAGCGCUGUCGUUGAUACGGACACCAAGGUCUAUGGUACCGACAACUUGUUUGUAGUUGAUGCCUCGAUGCAUCCCGACCUGCCCACGGGCAACACCCAAGCUAUUGUCAUGGUGGCUGCCGAACGUGCUGUGGACAAGAUUCUGGCUCUGACGGGAGGCAGCGUGGGCAGUGGGAGCGGCACCGGCACUGGGAGUGGAGGCUCUGGAUCCCAACCCAGCAAGUGUAAGCGGACCUCCAGGGCUUCCCACGCGAAGGAGAUGCUCAAGAUUCGCGGUGGCAUCGGACACCAGCUCUACACCAAGGGCCUCGUCAACCGACGCAGUGAUCUGAAGGACAUGUACGGCCUAUGA